CGAUGCGUCAAAACAUCGUUUUUAGCCGAUUGUGUUUACCUGGAUGCCGACACGGACAGAAAGUGUACAGAAGAGGAUGCAAAAGAAAUAGGCUGGCACUAUUUAAUUUGACUUCCGCCCCCUGUGAAUCAUGACCGAACCAGGUAACAUUCAGCAACAUUCCUCGCCAGUGCACGAAAACCGGAUGGAUUGGUUAGCUCAGUCCGAUUCCUCAUCAGAAGAGGAAGGAUACGUAUCACCUUACUGUUGUUCGAGCGACGAAGAGCCCGAUCGAUCUCACCGCAGCUUGCUAGAUGAACUGCCAGCUUUUUCCACCCAAUCGCUGUCGCCUUCCGGGAGAUCCCUUUCACCGAUCGAUUUGGAUUCAUCGCCACCGCGCAGAUCCUGGAGUUCCACAUUCUGCAGCACACCGGUGGAUAGUCCCGCCCAGCAAGCGCCAGGGAAUGGUUUCGUGACGCUAGAGGAAAUAAACGCUCGCAUUGGAAUUACACCGCCGGCGGAUGCCGACCGGAGCCGGUCGCGUAAUUUGGAGACGAUAUUCGAGGACAAGUUCCUGGAAACCCCUCCGAGCAAGGAGUUCGAAUCACGGAACAGUAGAAAUCUUUUGCGACGAUCGGUGCGUAAUCGGGUACUGCUAGGGGUAACGGCCGGAAACUGGACGUCCGAUAAGUCCCCGUCUUCUCCGGUGGGAGGUCUGAACAAACAGUUUGAUGGAAAGCGGAAAUUAUCUUUGGACUAGGUUGUGCAGUAAGGUUAGAUAUAAUUUUCACUUAGCUUAUAAGAGCCUUUUUCUGUCCGGAAUUGAAUGAGUGGACACUUUUUUUUAAAUAAAAGAUGAAUUUAUAUUUGAA